UAACGACAGCAAAACCAGCACUUGUUACUUCAGUUUGGCAACAUAUUUUAACACGUUUUGUUCUUAAUGAAUGUUCACCAUUACUUCUUUUAAAAGCAACGAAUUCAUCAAAAAUAAAAGAUUUAUCAUGUUGGUCAGAUGAACAAGCAUGCAUGACAUUACAACGUUUUAUCGAUAUUAGUACUCAAUGUGCUGAUCAUGGACCAAAAUCAAUUGAUUAUGGACAUGCACAUGAAUAUUUUGUUUCAAUUCUUCAAAAAAUGGCUACAACAGGUUCUCUAUUUUCAAAUUAA